CUGGUACUUCCGGGAACCAGCUUAUCGCAGCCAGCUUUGGGUUCAGGUUACAGCUCCAGGCUGCUGCCGAGCUGUUUUUAUGACAGCCGGGCAGAAGCUCCUCCGGUCACCGUAAUAGCGGGCCUCUUUUCCGGCUUGUUGGACCCCAGAGAGGGGAAGAGGAAAUGACUUUUCUGGGGAGCUUUUAGAAAGUUUUCCUUCUGCCCUCCUGAAGUGAACCGUUGACUUGUCACCAUGAGAAGUCGGAGCAACUCGGGCGUUAAAUUGGACAACUAUGCCCGGAUAGUGCAGCAGACUAUCCUGCGGCACCAAGAUCCGGUCACAGGCCUUCUCCCAGCAAGCCCAGAUCAGCCUGAUGCCUGGGUCCGUGACAAUGUUUACAGCAUCGUGUCCGUGUGGGCGCUCAGUCUGGCCUACAGGAAGAACGCCGACCGGGACGAAGACAAAGCGAAGGCCUACGAGCUGGAGCAGAGUGUGGUGAAGCUAAUGAGAGGCGUCCUGCAGUGCAUAAUGAGGCAGCUGGAUAAGGUGGAGAAGUUUAAAUACAGCCGUAGUACCUCAGACUCGCUCCACGCAAAGUACAACACCAAGACCUGCGCGACGGUGGUCGGGGACGAUCAGUGGGGUCACCUGCAGGUCGACGCCACCUCGCUUUUCCUGCUGUUCCUCGCUCAGAUGACUGCGUCUGGUCUUCAUGUCAUCUACACCCAGGACGAAGUGGACGUAGUUCAGAAUCUCAUGUUCUACAUUGAGGCGGCUUACAAAGUGGCUGAUUAUGGGAUGUGGGAAAGAGGAGACAAAACCAACCAGGGCAUCACCGAGCUGAACGCCAGCUCUAUCGGCAUGGCCAAGGCAGCUCUGGAGGCGCUGGAUGAACUCAACCUGUUUGGAGCAAAGGGAGGACCGGGCUCUUUGGUCCACGCUCUGGCUGAUGACAUACAGCAGUGCCAGUCCAUCCUGACGUCCAUGUUACCCAGAGCGUCCAUCUCUAAAGAAGUGGAUGCCGGAGUGCUGGCCAUCAUCUCGUACCCCGCUUUUGCAGUUGAGGACAUAAGUAUAGUCAACGCGACCAAGGAGGAGAUCAUCUCCAAACUGCAGGGUCGAUACGGUUGCUGCAGGUUUCUCAGAGAUGGACACAGAACCCCCAAAGAGGAUCCAAACAGACUCUAUUACGAGUCCGCAGAGCUGAAGCUGUUUGAGAACAUCGAGUGCGAGUGGCCUCUGUUCUGGACCUACCUCAUACUGGAUGGCAUCUUUAUCAACAGCCCCGAACAGGUGCAGGAGUACCAGGAGGCUCUGGAGGGAAUCCUGAUCAAACAGAAGGACGGGGUACGACUGCUGCCGGAGCUCUACAGCGUCCCCGCAGACAAGGUGGAGGAGGAGUACAUAAACCCUCACACCGUGGAGAGGAUCCCGAUGGGAAAAUUACCCCUGAGGUGGGGGCAGAGUCUGUACAUCCUGGGAAACCUGUUAGCUGAGGGUUUUCUGGCGCCUGGAGAAAUUGACCCUCUUAACCGGCGUUUCUCCACCAUCCCCAAGCCUGACGUGGUCGUACAGGUGUCGAUUCUGGCCGAGACGGAGGAGAUCAAAGAGCUGCUGUUUAAGCAAGGGAUAGAGGUGGAGACGGUGGCGGACAUCCACCCCAUCCACGUGCAGCCCUCCAGAGUCCUCAGCCAUAUCUACGCCAGACUUGGUCGUAACCCGAGGCUGGGGCUGACAGGACGCCCCUACAGGAGGAUAGGAGUGCUGGGAACCUCCAAGUUCUACAUCAUCAGGAACACCAUGUUCACAUUCACACCUCAGUUCAUUGACCAUCAGCAGUUCUAUUUGGCUCUGGAUAAUAAAAUGAUCGUGGAGAUGCUGAGGACAGAAAUCGCCUACCUCUCAUGCAGAUGGAGGAUGACGGGAAGACCGACUGUCACUUUUCCCAUUUCACAGACGAUGCUGACUGAAGAUCACUCAGACCUGGACCCUGCAGUUCUGGCAACACUCAAGAAAUUACAGGACGGGUAUUACGGAGGAGCAAGGAUCCAGACGGGGAAGCUGUCGGAGUUCCUGACCACUUCCUGUUGUGCUCACCUCAGCUUCCUGGACGGUAAGGCUUCUGGCAGCAUGGGCCGCCACGACGAAGAGUAUGAUGGUGAUGAUGAUGAGCGUUACGGCGAUGGAUACGUGCAUGAGUUGCAUUAUGAUGCUGAGGAUGACGACCUCGCGCAGUACCUUGACCACCUGUUGGCCCACUCUGCCCCCAAGAAGCCCAAGCGUCCGGUGGGAGGUCUCAGCAGAUUCAAGGCUGCGGCCACCAAAACCAAAGAGAUGGUGACUCUGAUGAACAAAGCUCAGGACCUCAACAUACAAAAUGUCAACAUGUACCUGCCGAGCAAAUUGUUUCGUUCUCCUCAGCCGACGCUCAACCUGAAUCUUACAGACUCUCCUGCAUCACCAGACGUUCAGGGUCCUGAGGCAGGGGUCACAACACAGAGUGGCAUUCCCAGAGAUGCCAGCGGAGCCAUCGACUACAACGCUUUGGCCCAGCUGCUGAAAGACACACAGUCUCUGCAGGACCAGGCUGAUAUACUUUACAUCCUCUACAAAGACAAGGGUAUGGACUGGGACACGGGUGUGCAUGGUAAAGGCUCCACUGUGAGGUCUCUGCUGACUGAUCUUUAUGAGAAGGCAGGUGAACUGAAACACUGGGGUCUCAUCAGGAUGAUCUCUGGCAUGCUGAGGAAGAAGGUGGAGGAGCUCGACUCGGCCUGCUCUGAUUUGCUGGCCCACCAGAAGCACCUGACGAUCGGACUCCCUCCUGAGCCGAGAGAGAAAACCAUCACGGCUCCGAUACCGCCGGACCAGCUGGCGAAUCUUAUCGACGAGGCCAGUGAAAACAACAUCAGUGUUGCCAUUCUCACACAGGAGAUCAUGGUGUACCUGGCUAUGAGCAUCAGGACUCAGCCCAGGCUGUUCAGCGAGAUGUUCAGGCUGAGAAUCGGUCUCAUCAUCCAGGUGAUGGCCACCGAGCUGGCUCAGUCACUCGGCUGCUCAGGAGAGGAGGCCACAGAGACCCUGAUGAGUCUGAGUCCGUCUGAACUGAAGAACUUGCUCCAUCACAUCCUCAGCGGGAAGGAGUUUGGAGUGGAGCGCAGUGUUCGGGAGAUGGAUGCCGGCGUCAGUCCUGCCAUCUCGAUCCAUCAUCUCGGGAAUGUGGGAGCCACUAAAAGCGAGAGAGCCGGCAUCAGCAAACUGAAGAGCGACAUGAAAAUGGUGGAUCGCAGGUUAUCCAUGAUGGACACACUUAAGACAGACCGCAGCGUGUCUUUGACCGACUCAGUUGAGGGCAUGCAGUCACCGGACGUAGAAAGCAUCGAGUCUGGGAGGUUCCGGCUGCCGUCCAUGGAAUCCUUCGACAUCCCAGACAAGAUUCCGGUUGCUAAGGAUACCAGACACGGCCAGUGGCUGCGUAGGAGGCGUCUGGACGGGGCGCUGAACCGAGUGCCCGUCGGCUUUUACCAGAAAGUCUGGAAGAUCCUGCAGAAGUGCCACGGUCUGUCCAUAGAGGGCUUUGUUCUUCCAUCUUCAACCACCAGAGAGAUGACCCCAGGGGAGAUAAAGUUCUCUGUCCAUGUGGAGACUGUCCUGAACAGAGUCCCUCAGCCCGAGUACCGACAGCUGCUGGUGGAGGCCAUCUUGGUCCUCACCAUGUUGGCUGACGUGGACAUCCAGAGCAUCGGCUCUAUAAUCCAUGUGGAGAAGAUCGUCCACCUGGCCAACGACAUGUUCGACAAGGACCAGAGGGACCUUGGUGCAGAGGAGCACAUCCUGGAGAGGGAUCCGUCCACAGGAAUAUGCAGGCUGCUGUAUGACAGCGCCCCCAGCGGACGCUUCGGGAGCAUGACCUACCUCACAAAGGCUGUGGCGGUGUACGUGCAGGACUUCCUGCCCAGCGGCUCGUGUGCCGUACAGUGAGAAGACGAGAUGGUGCAACAGUUAGUUGUUUUUUUUUUUGUUUGUUUGUUUUUUGUUUUUACUACAUAAACUAACGUAACAGCCUCGCUUCGUGUUGUCACCACAUGUGUGUUAAUGCAGAUGAUAGAUCAAGUUUUACGUGAAUAUUCGUCGUCUUCAACCAUUGCUCGUACCGAAGCAACAGAAUGCUGCACAAACUGUAGCAGCCACGUUAGCUAGCCUCGUCUGUUCCUCUUUUCAGGGUGGUGACUUCCUGUGUUUCUUUUAUUCUCAGUAAUCACCAGCAGUUCCCUACUUUAAGUCUGGCAGUGCGUUCAAAUGCCUCGUGUUACUCACCUGAAAAAAGCUGUGAUGGAAAUCCACAGAUAUUCACUUCUAAUGGCACACGUUAGGAGGAGGAAGCGUAAAUGUGAAAUUUGAAAUCAGCAAUGUUGAUUAACCCCUUGCCAGAGCUGAAGUAUUUUAACUAGUAUAAAUUCACAUCAUCCACUAGUUCAAAAUUUCUUGUUUCAUAAGCUUUUUGUGCACCGUACUUAAACUUUCAGUGUUAAAGCAAAAUAAACAUUGGCCAGAUAUUUAAAUACAUUUCCUAAAAUAUCAUAGUUAUAGUUAUUAGCAAAUGUUACUAAAACUGUGGUAAAUAAUGCAUCUUUUUGUUGGGAACUAUUUUCAGCUGCGGAUUAAUGCACAUUUGGUUUUCCAGAGGUAGCUCUAGUAAGCUACCCAUACCUUCUGAUGCACACCCAGUCAUUUUGUUCUGAAGGAAAUAUGACAGAAACUAAGUUUAGACAAGAGAAACGAGGGUUAUCCGUAGUAGUUCUCAAAGGGGGGAUGAGUUAAAGCAGUUAAUUUCCAUCCCCUGCUCAUUUUUUUCAUCUAUUUAUGGGGAAAAUGAGCCAAAUAUACUAAUUCACUCUGUGGAAAUGAAGGUAAAUGUAUCCCAGCUAUAAUCAACAUGGCCAGAAAAUACAGUUUUCCCUUCUUUUUUUCUUGCGCUCAUCACUACCUUAAACAUUUUCACCUCCAAACACUGUUACCUGCGUAACUUAAACAUGAAGUUCGUAAAUUUCAAAUCAAUCUUCUAACGUUUCCUAAUUUAUUACCUCACCUGGUCGCUCAACCUCUAAGACUCACCCGUCUUCGUAUACCUCCAGUCCUGUGUGCUUGUACGGUGUAUUACAAAUGGAAAGCAAACAAAAAAGUAGUAUUUAUUUUUUUUAGGUCUAAACCGUUAAUUGAAGUCGGCUCCUGUAGGUAAGUGUCUUAAAGAGGCCAUGAUGCCUUAACAUGGUUGUAUUUUGAGUCUAGAAGUUUGUGUGACUGAAACUUCAGGAGUGCUGUUUUAUUUAAAGCUAUAAAUGAACUGAAUUAAUUUCUCAGAACGUUUUCUUCAGCGUGUAGUGUAUUAAUGCGUUUCUUUGCCUUAAUCUUCUCAUCUGAUUGCUGAAACUGUAAUUUUGUUUCUGUUUUUAGAUUAAUUGCAGUUAAACUUGAACACAUUUUGUCUGUUGGUUCUUCGAUGGUUCAUUGUUUACGAUAUUGACGGCAAAUUUGGAAUAAAUUAUUAAGGUUAUUGAAGAACAUGCCUGAUCGUGCCUCCUGUUUAAAUGUCCAGUAAUCAGCUGACGUCAGUCCUUUUGGGGCGUUCCAGCACACUCCACGUGAACUACAGCCGAUCGUAUCAGAACAAGUAUCGAUGAGCAAGCCGGUGGUUGACUGUUUUUUGUUUUUGAAACUAAUUCUGUAAUAAAAUGAUCAAAAUCA